AUGGCCGAUCCCCUUCUCGCAUGCGCCUCUCUCGAUCUAGCAAAGAAUGAUCCCAGCUAUCGAAGCUUGGCUAUGAAGUAUUAUGGCCAGGGAGUCAAAGUCCUACGCGAAAAUAUUGCACUGGGGAAGGUCGAAGGUACGGAAGACUGGGUGCUGUUGAACGUUCUGCAUCUCAACUUGUUCGAGGCCUGGAAUGCGACAAGUCAGACGCCCAGUCUUCUCCACAUCCAAGGCGCGGCUCAAAUGCUCAUGUUGCGGGGGACCACACAUUCGAGAUCAGAGUCGAAUGAACUUGCACAUCCAGACGACAAGGUGUCUGCACGGAUUGCGGUGGAGUCCGUCGUCUACCACACCGUCAACUGGUCCAUCUUCAACGGAAAUCCGAUACCAAUGCCCCUAAACGAACUGUGGGACUUCCUCGAGCCCGCCUUCGCCACUCCACCCUUCCCGGCGGCUUCGGAGGCGGAGAAUUCCCCCGUUCUCGGAGUCCCAUGGCAACUCUAUCGAUUCCUAUCGGAGGCCACUCAACUAGCCCGACUGUUACCCCUGGAUGCAUUGGGCCUGGAGUCCGCGCUAGCACUAACAGACAGGCUCAACGCUUGGGAGAGCACAGCCAUGCUAGGCGAUGAGAACACGGCAGAGUUGGACCCAGCGACGGCGGUGUUUCGAUACAAGCAACGCGCGCGCUUGUCCGUGAUCGCUCUCAAGAUUCUCAUGUUCAAGCUCGUGCAUCCGGAUGCGGCAGUCGCCAGCCAGACCAUUCAAGACCUCCUAUCUCAAGCCUUGCAAAUUAUUCAGCUCCAGGUUGGAGAGAGAUUCCACUUCUGGCCCCUUCUUAUGAUAGGGAGUGCGGUCCUACGAGGUGAUCAAGUCAGGAUCAUCCGCAGUAGACUUGGAGAGAUGUCCACGACUAUGCGCUCUGGUUCAUUUCUGAAAGUCAAGGGGACUUUGGAAGUCAUAUGGGACACUGUGGUCCCAGAGAAUACAGGCCGAAGUUGUGGGAAUCUAACCCCGACGAGCCCUGAUGGGCUUGAUCUGCUCCUCGGGCGAGACGGAAGACCUGGUCUCAUGACUCAUUGA